UCCGAGGGUGCUGGGCAGCGAGCCUCUGGGAUCCGGAGGCUGCGCCAUCCCGUCUGGGCGCGCCCGGCUCACGCCCCGCGAGGCGGGUUCCCGCGUGCGGCGACUCGGGUGCGGGCCCGCCCAGGCGCCCCACUCCACGCCCCACCCGACCGGCGGCCUGUGUUGGCCUGUGCUCUGCCGGAGGCCCUUCUUGGAACUUUCAGCUUCGCCUGUUUGGACGAAAACCGGCCUCUUGGGAGGGGACCACGCCUUGCCAAGCUCAUCAGCUUUCUGUCCCACGCACGAAAGCUUUUCUCAGAGAAGAGUCUUCCAAAAAAAAAAAAAAAAAAAAACGGUUGGAGUUUUCUCUUCGAGUGAAACAAGGGCGCAUUCAUAGAUGCAAGGAGACAUAUGCUGAGGGCAGGAAAUGGGUCGCCCGGACACAAUUAGCGCGCGCUGGCACGAUAGUGGGUUUCCUACCGCUUUAAUGGAGCGUUUGAGAGGCUCUAGCAAAAAGGAAGAGAGCCCUGCUUCCCUCCUCCUGGGGGAACUAGGUUUGUUAUUAAACUUGCAAGUGCGGUUUGGAAAACAACUUCCUUCAGGGGAGAAAAAUCAAGAUCGCUUACUCUAGCAAGUGUUCAAUUAGCAAAAUUAUCCAGUUGCCUUGUGCUGGAACAAAAACUAACAGUCCAGCCUCACUUAAAAUGCUGAGAGAACCGGGGACUGACGGCUGUGGAGCAGAAAUCUCUACCCGGUUGGCCUGGGCACCCAUGGGAUCCUUGCGUGAGAUCCAAGACACCCGCACUUCCAAACUUUGGCAUGUGGGCUUUGGGGAAGGGGAGGGGCGAGUUCACCACCCCCAGCCACUCGCCUCGGAUGGAAGGUUUGGCGAAUUGGUCUGGAACUCACUCUGUAGGCCAGGCUGUCCUCGAACUCAGAAAUCCACCUGCCUCUGCCUCCCAAGUUCUGGGAUCAAAGUGGAUGAUCCGACGCCCUUCGACGUUCAAGCUGAGGUGACACUGAAGACGAACUUUUUUGCCACUAGAAAUGUCUGCACUGAGUUACUGCCCAUAAUGAAACCACAUGGUAGAGUGGUAAUCAUCAGCAGUCUGCAGGGCUUAAAAGCCCUUGAGAACUGCAGCGAAGAUCUCCAGGAAAGGUUCCGAUGUGACGCACUUACCGAGGGGGACCUGGUCGACCUCAUGAAAAAGUUUGUGGAGGACACAAAAAAUGAAGUCCACGAGAGGGAAGGUUGGCCAGACUCAGCUUACGGGGUGUCCAAGCUGGGGGUGACAGUCCUUUCGAGAAUCCUAGCCCGGCAGCUGGAUGAGAAGAGGAAAGCGGACAGGAUUCUGUUGAAUGCCUGCUGCCCCGGGUGGGUGAAGACAGACAUGGCGAGGGACCAGGGCUCCCGGACCGUGGAAGAAGGGGCCGAAACCCCCGUUUACUUGGCCCUCCUGCCUCCAGAUGCCACUGAGCCUCAUGGCCAGCUAAUCCGUGACAAAGUUGUACAAACAUGGUGAAUGUCUGCUCUGGGGCUUAACGGUUUGAUAAACAUUAGCGGGAGGAUGGAUGCAGGCUGGUGUGGGUUGACUCUUUCCCACACGGAGGAGGAGGAAGGUCGGUUCCUAUCUGUGGCUCUACAAGCCCAAUUAAACAAUUCACUAUGUCCAAACUCUCUUCGCUCACCGUGUUCUCAUCUAGUUAAUGUGCCUGCUUGGUUUUUCAAAUUAAAAAGAUUUAUUUGUUUUAUUUUA